CCCUCAUCCUCGUCAAUCCUCAUCUCUCUCCUCGUCGCUCCUCAUCGCACCGACGAUGGCCAGGCGCCUCUGUGGACGCUUUUAGACGGGACCCAUGGGGAAUGUUUGGGACGAGAGGAUGGAUUCAUACGGAGGUGGUCUGAGGAGGGGAGUCUCAUGUGUGGUGGACUUACUAACCGAGUCUGCGUGACGGGACUUCAACCAGCAACGAUAGCGACAAGAACAACAACAUGGCAAAAGUUAACAGUGAAAUCUCCUUUUCAACGCGACAUCGCCUGUCCAGUCAGAUGUCCGACGAGGAGCUGGCCGUCAUUGAAAAUGGAGAUGGCAGGGCUCGCCGCCUUUGUGACGACGACUCCAGGAGGGCUCUGUCCUCCAACUCCAGCAGAAACACUUUUACUGGUCCUGGGGCCAUGGGCAGGCUCUCUUACUUCUUCUACAUGCUGCGUAGUUGGGCCUUUAGCCGAAUGAACCCUGAGGUCACGGAGAGGCACGAUUCCUUCCUGGAACGCUUCCGAGGCCCAGAGCUCAAAGAUGUGUCCAGCCGGGACAGCAACGCCCACUCUCUGGGCGCCAACGAUGCCGUACAUAGGAAGAACCUUGCUAGUAAGUGGCCGCUAGCUACUUACAACAUCAACAACUGCAACAACACAGACGACAAAAAGGAGGACAAGAAAGAGGUUAAAAAAGACGAGAAGAAGGACGAGGACAAGAAAGAAGAUGAGAAGAAGGAUGAUACAAAGGACGAGAAGAAGGAUGAUAAAAAGGACGAGAAGAAGGAUGAUAAAAAGGACGAGAAGAAGGACGAUAAAAAAGAUGACAAGAAAGACGAUAAAAAAAAGGAGGAACCCCCGAAGGAGGUCUGGGUCAUGGACCCGGCUGCAGACAUGUACUACAGGUGGCUCACAGUCAUCGCCGGACCGGUCUUUUAUAACCUCAUGAUGAUUGUUACCAGAGCCUGUUUCAAUGAACUCCAGGAGAGCUUCACCAAACUUUGGAUAUUCCUAGACUACACCUCAGACAUCAUCUACUACACAGACACCUUCGUCAGAUCAAGAACAGGUUACCUGGAGCAAGGACUGCUGGUGAAGGACAGCGGCAAGCUGCGGAGCAAAUACAGAACCACCUCCCAGUUCAAGUACGACAUGAUUUCCAUGAUCCCCACCGAUCUGCUCUUCUUGAAAUACGGCUUCAACAACCCCGAGUUCCGCUUCAACCGCCUCUGCAAGAUCUCCAGGCUUUUCGAGUUCUUCGAGAGGACAGAAACCAGGACCAGCUUUCCGAACAUGUUCCGUAUCAGCAAUCUAGUACUGUACAUCCUCAUCAUUAUCCAUUGGAACGCUUGCAUGUUCUUUGCCAUCUCCAAGACCAUCGGCUUCGGGUCGGACACUUGGGUGUAUCCCAACAUUAGCCACCCGGAGUAUGGCCGCUUGACCAGGAAGUACAUCUACUCGCUGUACUGGUCCACACUGACCCUCACCACCAUCGGGGAAACGCCCCCGCCAGUGAGAGAUGAAGAGUACCUCUUUGUCAUCGCCGACUUUCUCACCGGCGUGCUGAUCUUUGCUAGUAUCGUCGGUAACGUCGGCGCCAUGAUCUCCAACAUGAACGCCUCCCGAGCUGAGUUCCAGGCCAAGAUCGACUCCAUCAAGCAGUACAUGCAGUUCCGAAAGGUCAGCAAAGACCUGGAGGCCAGGGUCAUCAAGUGGUUUGACUACCUGUGGACGGAGAAGAAAACCUGCGACGAGAAGGAGGUUUUAAAGAACCUACCGGACAAGCUCAAAGCCGAAAUCGCUAUCAACGUCCAUCUGGAUACGCUGAAGAAAGUGCGCAUUUUCCAGGACUGCGAGGCUGGACUUCUUAUCGAGCUGGUGCUGAAGCUGCAGCCUCAGGUCUUCAGUCCUGGUGAUUACAUCUGCAAGAAGGGAGACAUUGGCCGGGAGAUGUACAUCAUCAAGGAGGGGAAGCUGGCCGUGGUGGCCGACGAUGGAGUCACUCAGUUUGUCGUGCUCAGUGACGGCGCCUACUUUGGGGAAAUCAGUAUUCUGGGCAUCAAGGGCAGCAAAGCCGGGAACAGGAGAACCGCCAACAUCAGGAGUGUCGGUUACUCUGACCUCUUUGCCCUCUCCAAGGACGACCUCAUGGAGUCGCUCACCGAGUACCCCGAGGCCAAGAAGGCCCUGGAGGAGAAGGGGAAGGCCAUCCUGAUGAAAGACAACCUCAUCGACGAAGCGGUGGCUAACGCCGGCGCCGACCCCAAAGACAUGGAGGAGAAGAUCAGCAAACUGCAGGACAACCUGGACGUCAUGCAGACCAAGUUCGCCAAGCUGUUGGCCGAGUUCACCUCCAGCCAGACCAGGAUGAAGCAGAGGGUCACGCAGAUGGAGGCCCAGGUGAAGGGCAUCAAACCCGAGGACCUGACAGAGGUGGUGGCCGACAAGGACAAGAAAGUUCAGUAACAUCUGAGAGACGCUUCAAAGAUGUGGAAUUGUGUAUGCUAACGGGCUAAUGGUAGCCUUCACAUCCCCCUUUCACCAAUCCACCAACCCCAAAAUACUGACUUUAUCCUACCCCAAAUUCCCUCAACAUGCAUAAAACCCCUGAACAUGUACGCCUACGCGUACGUGUACCAUGUCGAGUAGUGCAGAACCCUUCUUUCCUCCUGCAGGAAUACAUGGGUACUGUUUGAUACUGUACAUACCAAUGUGUAAAAUACUCAUCCAUGGAUACUACUGCAUGACACUACUGACUGUAUUUGUCUACAUUGUCUAUCACAGGGGUCUCAGACUCAAUUUACUUGGGGGCCACUGGAGCUCGGGUCAGGGUGAGACUGGGCCGCAUCAGGUUUUCCAAAAAAAAAAAAAAGCAUUUAUUAAAAACAAAAAAAUUAAAAAAACUUCGCUUUGGUUCCAAUUUUCUACAAGAAAAGCUCUGAUAAAACAUUCCACUGUUCUCAAAUAUCUUACUUUUUAUUUUUCUACACAAAAUAAGAUGAAAAAUAAAUAAACAAAUGAAGAAUAAAAAAAAAUCAAUCAAUCAAUAAUAAAUAAAUAAAUACACUAAUAAUAAUAAAACGGCAAAUAAUAAAAAUUAUUCAAAAAUUAUACAAAUUAUUUUUUCAGAUUAAAAUGAACAAAGCAUUAUUAGAGCCCUGUAGACAUGACAAAACACGACUAUAGUCACAUUUAUACUCUUUUUAUUUACAACAUAUUGCGCAACUGCAGGGUCUUGAGACACAUGCUAACUCGCAAACUCGAGAGCUAGCGACCUAAACGGUAGCCUUCAAGUUAUUUCCUUUAAACUUAAAUAGCCAAAAACUAAAAAAAGCCACUUCCACACGGAUAGGGAGGAUAACUAUUAACAGUUAUUUAACCUUUAACAUGAACAUUAAUCAAACGUAAUAUUUUUUUUGGGUACAUGAUACCAUACAGCAUCCAUAUCAAACUUGCGCGGGCCGCACUAACAUUAAACUUUCAUAUCAAGGCGGGGGCCUCAAACUAGUGUCCUGCGUGCCACAUUCGGCCCGCGGGCCGUGUGUUUGAGACCCCGGGUCUAUCAUUUUGUAGAUAAAAUAAAACAUUAACGCACAUGUUUUGUUUUACCUCAGCCACCUGGGGAACCCAGCAAGAAAAAUUGGGGUGAAAAUCCUGGUAAAGAUUCACAUACUGUACAAGAAUGUAUGUUCACUUUUGCAGUGUCUGCUUGCAUUGGGGCCAAGUAGGGCAGUGCCCCAUCGUAUCUAGUAGAUGGAGCUGAAUAUGAAGACCAUUUGUUUCUUUAUUACCAAAGUUUUUAGAUACCGAAUACAUGGAACUGAAUCUUUUUGUGUUAGAAUUUUGCGAAUUGAUUUUUUUUUACAUCAUUUUAUGCUGAAAAUUUCACGGAAUAAAAUUUGUUGAAGGGAAAUGCAUGUGUUUUUGAAGUUCCGUGAAAAUAAAUUGGAUUACCUUUU